AUGGUUUCAAUAUCAAGUCUGCCUUGUGAAGUUCUAGAGAUGGUUUUCCAAAACAUAAAUCAGCACCAGGCAUUGGUCAUGGCUCCAUUGCAAUCAAAGUUGUACAUUUUAGCAAAAGGAAAACUUUACAAAAACAUUCAUGUAUAUAGUUCGGGAGAUUUGAAAAAUGACGACAACAAAGAACCAAAUAAACAAUUACGCAAAUACCCGAAGAAUAUCAACAACAUAAAAACUAAUGAGUACACAAUUAUCUCAUCCAGAACAUUUGAGAGGUACUUAACGAGGAUGGAUGGUGAUAUGAAGAUCACAAGCUUGGACAUUGUCGCAAACUUUGUUGCCUCACUGGACUCCCUUUUCAAGCAUUUCAAUUACAUAAAAAAUCUUGAAUUGAUUUGGAGUUGCACUUGUACGCUUGAUGACUAUUUGUAUACCCUCGGUUUCCAUUCAUUUUGCAAAGAAACUGUCACCUUUAGUCCGACGCGGAACUCAAUGUAUUAUACUCAAAUGUUUUGCAUGCCCGUGCUCUCAGCACAUGAAAGAAAGGCUUCUAAAAUUGAAGGUACACUUUUCUACGCCAGCACCUUUUAA